UCGUUUCGUUCUUCGCUUUCCAUUCUCCUCCCCUCUCGCCUUUCCGACUCUUUUCUUUUGGAUCUGGGUGGUCAAGAUCUGCUUGGAAACUCGAGCUGCCUUAGUCUGAGCUUCAUUGUUACUCCCGUCGUUCGAGUUCAUUCCAAACUCGAGCCUUGUCAAUUGACUAUCUCAAAACUCGCUUUGAUCAACGAAGCCAGUUUCUAUAUCCUACCUCGACGAAUAUCUCUGGGAGACCAUCGUCCUGUUAGAGUAUACACAUAACAAUGGAGUGCCUCAAGAACAAUUUUGUUGAAGGCCAGCUGUUGGACGGACGGUUCCGCACCGUCGCUCCUCUGAACCAUGGCUCUUUUGGCAUGGUCUUCCUCGCAACUGAUCUGCAGACCGGUCAAGAUGUCGCCAUCAAGUGCAUGACCAAAUCCUCCUCGGGAGACCCGUUGAACCCUUCCCCAUAUGAUGCUCGCACCGAAGAGCUGGAAUGCCACAAGCGUCUCAGGUUCCAUCCGAACAUCGUCAACCUCAUUCACUCCUUCGAAACCGAUGCUCACAUGUAUCUUGUUUUGGAGUACUGUUCGAAUGGUGACCUGUACGAGGCAAUCCGACUCAACCGUGGCCCUCUGGAGACCGAGCACGUGCGCGACUUCAUGCUGCAACUCGUGAGCGCUGUGGAAUUUAUGCACGCGAACGGCUUGUAUCACCGUGACAUCAAGCCCGAAAACAUCUUCUUGAUGCAGGACGGUUCCAUGAAGCUGGGUGACUUUGGCCUGGCGACUCGGGAGGCUUGGUCCCACGAGGCCUGCGUUGGCAGUGAUCGUUACAUGGCUCCCGAGCAGUACGACCCCUCCACCAUCGGUUAUUCCCCCGCCAAAGCCGAUAUCUGGGCGAUCGGAAUCUGUCUUCUCAAUGUUCUCUUUGCACGGAAUCCCUUUGCCACGCCGACGGAGUCCGAUAUCCUGUACGCCGACUACGUUCGGGAUCGCCAAUCCUUGUUCGACAUCUUCCCCAACAUGUCUCAGGACACUUUCGAGAUUCUGAGGACCGCUCUUGCAAUUGAUCCCACGAAGCGUUCCCUUUCUGGCAUUCGCGAAGCUAUCUUGCGUGCUGUCACGUUCACUACAGAUGAUGACGCGCUGGACGAGUUCUGCACGGACGACCGCGAGGUGGUUGCCGCCAGUGCCAACCGGGAGCCGCUUCGGACUCCCUCCAUCCAGAGCCCUCACAUCAACCAGGGCGACUCCUUCCCUUGGGCCAAAGCUCUUCAAGCCAGCCCACCCCAGACCUUCCGGCAGCUCUCUGCGAUCCCCGACAACGAGAGCUACACCGAAGAUCUCUUCCCACCCUCGGAGAUUGCCGGCACUUCGUGGUUCUCUGUCCACCAGGGUACCCCAUCUAUGGCUUCGGUUUUGGAGUCCGCUAUGGGCGAUUCCUUCCGGUCACCCCCGUUGUUCCGCAAGAACGAGAUUCGAUUCCCGCCCCCCUCCGAUCCCGUUCCUAUCACUGGCUCUUUGCCCAGCAAUGCUACCAAGCCCUUGCCUUCUCUUUCCAUGGUCUUUGGUAAGAAGAAGGAAGAGCAGAUCUCAAAGAGCUGGAGCGAUCUCUGGGACGAGGAAGAGGAAUCUGAAGCUGAGGACUUGUCUUUCCAGCAGCGUCGCGAGCAGAACUCACGCAGCUGGAGCCAUGAAAGCAGCACACCAGAGCUUCGGGGACCCUUGACUGGCCUGCACGAAGUGGUCAACAACUCCCUCCUCAAUGUCCGCGCACAACAAAUGGAAACGUCUCACGAAGAUUCCGAGAAGCUUGUUGCUAAGUCCUGGGAUCCGCGGGCGGGAAUCACUGCUAUCAAAACCCCUCCUCGCACUCCGGACAGUUCCCCACAGAAAUCGAGUCUCGAUAAGUGGUCGGCCCUGGGUGAUCGCCGGAGGAACUUCAAAUCUCCGGAGACUGCUUCCAGCAAGAAGUUCUCGAGCAACAUGAGUUGGAGGAAGGAUUGGGGACUCGGAUCUUCUGGCUUCGACUAUGGCUCAUGGGCCAAGAAAGACACGUUUUCUCCGGAUCGUGAGCGUCGUCGUCGUCCCUUCCAGGAGAAGGGCCGGCGCCGAGAUGCCUGGGAGUCGCCCAAGGCCGCCAGUACCAAGGUUCCGAACCACUACGAUGGCAGCGUCGACGAAGAUCUCGAUCUCGUCGGUGGCUGGCACGACCUUCAUCUGUAAGGAGCAUCGCCUCACCCCUGGUGUCGGCGCCCGACGUUCCUCUCCAUUCUAUUGUACCGUCCAAUGUCGCUGAGAAGAGCAACCCAAUAAUAAAUAAACAUUCAACAAAUACUCCGACUUGUUUUGUC